AUGCCUGGUCAGAGAUUGUGUGGGCAGGAAGAAGAUGGUCAUAGACUCACAGAACUGCAGGAGACACUGGCAACAUCAGAAGCUUUACAAGAACUAUCAGCUAGAGUCUGUAAGGAAUUACUUAUGAGAAGACUUACAGCAAAGAAGAAGACUGCACUGCUUGAAGCCAGGAACUGGCCUGGGGAAGGGAUGGGAUGGGCCGCUGGCCUGAAGAUCAGGUGCAGUGGCAGAGCUGAGAGAGAUGAAGGUGCGGUCAUGAGCAGCGGUGCCCCUGCUUCAUCAGCUGGUAAAAAGCAAUCAGAGGAGUCACAGAGAUGCUCAUGA